AUGCGCUCGAGCUUCAGCUCGGCUCAGCCGCAGUCAGCCCGUGAGAUAAGACCAAAUGGACAUCUUCUGCUGGCCUGGACACGGAGUCAACACACUUUCGAGCUUCCCGUAUGCGUGAUCUUCUUGGCAAGAGAUGAUCGACAACGCGUCGGUCGUGACGGGCACAACGGUCCUGCGACAUCCACAUCCGAUUCCAUCCUGAUAUCGACAGGCUCGCAAACAAACAAUUAUUAUCCCCCAGGCAAGUCGCAAGAUCAAUCAUCAGCCGCCCUGGGCCGGGCAGAGAAGGAAAUAAAGUUUCUGAAGAGCCUCAAAACAUCACCAUACCAAGAUCGAAAAGACCGAAACCCAGAUCGGGUCCCAGGGACAUGCGACUGGUUCGUAUCACACAAGGUCUUUCGGGACUGGCAAGAGAGCAAGUCGUCAAGAAUGCUUUGGGUGUCUGCAGACCCCGGAUGCGGAAAGUCGGUGUUAGCCAAAUACCUGGUUGAUUCUGUUCUUCCCAUCACAGAAUCCAGAACGGUGUGCUACUUCUUCUUCAAGGACGACUUCGAGGAUCAGAGAAAUGUGGUUAGCGCUCUCUGCUGUAUCCUACACCAGCUUUUCAAACAGAAACGCACCUUGCUCUCAGAUACAAUCCUCGAUCAGUUCGACAUCGAAGGAGAAACGUUCACUAGUUCAUUUAGUGAUCUUUGGCAAACCCUUAUCAACGUCGCAAAAGAUGAGAACGCCGGCGAAAUCAUCUGUCUUCUAGAUGCAUUCGAUGAAUGCGAAGAUCAAGGAAGGUCUCAGCUCGCUCAAAAGUUAUGCGGGCUAUAUGGCAUUCCAAGAGACUUCAAUUUGAAGUUUCUCCUCACAAGUCGGCCUUAUGCGGAAAUUCGCCGUAGCUUCCAACCUCUGAAAAGCCCAGGGUUACCGAUGAUUCAUUUGAGUGGGGAGAGCGACGAUGAGAUAAAAAAGAUUUCUCAAGAGAUCGAUGUUUACAUCAGAGCCAGAGUCCAGGAUAUUGAGGCACGAUUGAUGCUUUCAUAUCACGAGAAAGAGCUCCUAUUGAAAAAGCUUUCACGUAUUUCUAACCGGACGUAUUUGUGGGUAUAUCUUACGCUUGACCUGAUCCAGAGCGACAUCGAUAUCGACAAGGCUAGAAUACACGAGGCCACUUCCCAGCUCCCCAAAACGGUUGACGAGGCAUACAGCAGGAUCCUCUCUAAGAGUUGCAAUCCCGACAAAGCAAGGAAAAUAUUGCACAUCAUUGUGGCAGCAGCACGACCCCUUACCCUGAAAGAGAUGACCUUAGCCUUAGCUCUUCAAGAAAGUCAUCGGUACUAUGGUGACCUAGAACUCGAAGCCGAAGACCGUUUCCAUGAGAAAGUACGGGAUAUCUGCGGCCUCUUCGUAACGAUCAUCCACUCGCGGCUGUACCUGCUCCACCAGACCGUGAAGGAAUUCUUGGUUCAGAAUGAUACAACGAAUCCCCCCAAAGGUGUUCACAUGGACCUCAAAUGGAAACACUCACUACGGCCACAAGAAUCUCAUCGUAUUCUUACCGAGAUCUGCAUCUGGUACCUGCUCCUCGAGGACUUUGAGAACAGGCCACUCGGCGAAGAUGGAUCAUUAUCCCAAUACGCUCAGGAUCAUACCUUCCUUGACUACUCUGCCAAGAAUUGGGCCGCUCACUUCCGCGAAUUGCCGAUUAAGGUACAAGGCGCAAUGACACAAUCAAUCCUGAGAAUCUGUGAGAUGAGUUCACCGCGUUGCUUGACCUGGUUCAGAAUCUAUUGGACUAGUACAAACACGGAUUUUCCCCGGGGUUUCUCCAACCUGAUGAUUGUAUCGUAUUUCGGACUGAGCACAGCAGUGAAGCAUUUGCUUAAGAUGGAUGGCAUCGACUUGAAUACUCAGGACGAUACCUACCGGCGGUCGGCUCUAUCUUGGGCUGCAGGAAGGGGCUUUGAUGCCGUUGUCAAGCUAUUGAUCACUGACUCAAAUAUCGGUCGGCGAGCCUUCAGGCUACUGUUUGGGAAGAAAGCUGAAAUCGACUCAGUAGAUAGAUACGGUCGGACGCCAUUGUCAUAUGCCGUUUGGAUUGGGAACGUGGCCGUCGUCAAGCUGCUAAUUAAAGCGGGAGCACGAGCGGACUUAAAGGAUGAAAUCGGAGGGACGCCAUUAUCGUAUGCGGUUUGCAACGGAUACAAGGAGGUGAUUGAGCUACUGCUCAAGGGAGAUACCCAGGCUGAUUUAGAGGAUAUUAGUAAUGAGCUAAUGUUCUCCGCUGCCAAGAAGGGGCAUGAGGAUGUGGUCAGGCUGCUUCUCGACACGGGCAAGACUAACGCCACUCUUGUGGGCCGCUAG